UCAUUAUCACAGGAAGUAAUAUUUUACACACAGCUACAGCUUUAGUUUAAUCAUCGAUCUGAGGGAGAGUAAGUCGACAUGAAUGACGUUGUUUAUUUUUAUUUUUUAAAUGUAUCGACUUUUUUCAGACGAUUUCUGGAUUGACAGCAAACCAUACAUGUGCGCUCGGAACUUUAUGUUUAGUUUUCAUUUCUAUAGGGAAGUAAUAAUGUGUUGCACGCAAACAGUUGAAGAUUAUUUAGUUUAAUCGUCCACAUGUGAGACGCUUAAUCAACACGAAGGACGUUUUUCUUAUUUAUUUAAAAAUACAUUUAAAUUUGUGUUUGUUUUUCAUGACUUCAACAACAAUGUAUCUUCAAUUUUUUCGAAUUUUUUCUGGAGUAACAGCAAAGACACAUUUGGCGCCAGUAAGGUCCUUCUGCGCCUCAAAACAAGGUGAGGGGCAGGUCGUGGUCUCGGAGCGAAUGGCCUCUGUGGUAAGCGUGGCAAUAAACCGCCCUGAGGUGCGUAACGCGGUCAACCAGGAGACAGCGAUGCGUCUGCUGGAGGAGCUGGAGGCCUUUGAGCAAGAUCCAGCCUUGAAUGUGGCUGUCCUGCACGGGAUAGGAGGGAACUUCUGCGCUGGUUAUGAUCUAAAGGAGCUGGCUAAUCACACAGCCAUGCUCAAAUUGGAGCAAGAUGUCACCAAGGCUCCUGGGCCAAUGGGUCCCUCCCGUUUGGAGUUGUCUAAGCCGUUGAUCGCAGCAGUCAGUGGUUUUGCCGUGGCUGGAGGACUGGAACUGUCCCUGCUGGCCGACCUCAGGGUGAUGGAGGAAAACGCUGUCAUGGGGGUUUUCUGCCGCAGGUUUGGAGUUCCACUGAUCGACGGAGGUACCGUGAGACUCCCGCGGCUCAUUGGUCUGUCCAGGGCUCUGGACCUGAUUCUGACCGGGCGGCCUAUCGGAGCACAGGAAGCGCUGGCGUAUGGGCUGGCUAACAGGGUUGUCCCUGAUGGCCAAGGAUUACAGGCGGCCCUGCAGCUUGCCGAGCAGAUUAGCUCCUUCCCGCAGCAGUGCAUGAGAUCUGACCGCUCCUCGGCCAUCUACAGCUGCUACGACGCACCCUCCUUCACGCAGGCCAUGCAGUAUGAAAUGGACCACGGAGCGCCAGUCAUUUUGUCUGAAGCCAUCGCUGGGGCAGCUAAAUUCACUACCGGAGCUGGAAGAGGAGGGACAUUUUCAUAAUCUUAUUUAUUUUAUUAUGUGACACACAAAUCACCUAAUCAGUAUCAGAAAGCUUACCCUUGAUUUUCACAGGAUUCUGCUCGGGAAAUGCCUGUAUAUGCUUCUUAAAUUUUGGACCUUCAGAUUUUGCAUGUUCUCCAUUCGUGUCAACGUGUUGAAAUUACGUCUGAAAAUCUUUGACAAGUUGACUUCAUGUCCGUCUCCGCCCAUUAAAAUGUGUUAAAUAGUGUUAAAUACAACCCGCAUUGAAGACGGACAAUUUUAUAUGGAAAAUAAACCAAAUAAUUGAUUUUGUUUGUGCAUGACUUCCUGUCCAACACAAGCAGAUUUUAGCUAAAUUAAACCACCGUGUUGAAGGGUGACCGUCAAAAAUAGAAUCCCUGCAUAUAUUUAGUACAGCGACAUGGCAGUGACGUUCCGCAGGUGGUGGAAAUGGUCACAUUAGGUUUGGAUGAUAUGGACCAAAACUAAUACUGUGGUAUUUUUAGUCCAAAUGGUGGUAUACGGUAUAUACCUGUACCUUAAAAAAAAUUGUUUAAGGGUGCCUAAGUGUUUUACGGCUGGAUGACCAGUGUUGAGAGUACUCAGAUGAUUUUUGUUGAAAGUAGUAAUGUGUUGUUUAUUCUUAGAGUAAUUUGCUAGCCGUUACUAUGUCCAAGCAGUUUUCGUUCAUUUGGUUCAUUAACGUUAGGUUUAUAGCAUCACGCUUGUGCGCGGGGAUAGAUGGAGCUUCUACUCGUUCACUGCGGUGUAAGCAGCUGGCUGUUAAGUUUGAAACUAAUUUUUAGCCACCCAGCCGAGUCCGCCGCCAUGGCAAUGCCAUUUCCCAGCCAAUUCGCAUCCUGUGGAAAUCGGGGGUUAGUCUAGGCCAGGCUAUAGUAUUCAUUAGAAUGCCCUAAUUUGUCAUCAUUACUGUAUUGACCCAAAUAUAAGACAACAGUAAUGGUCAAUGUGAAUGACUGCUCUGACUUGUUCAGGCAGAAAUCUUGGUUGGUUUGCGUAUGCCCUUUAAAUCUCUAGACCCCGAAGAUAAGACAAUUUGACAUCUUUCAGUUUUCUAGGGAAAAUACUGUAUACUGUUUUAUAUUUAGGUCAACAGUGACUUUCUGUACUAGUAAUAUGCCAAUGUUAAAGGGGAACCGCACUUAUUUAAAUUUAUUUUGCCUAUCGUUCACGAUCACUAUGAAAGACAUGACAACGGAUGGAUAAAAAAAAAGGAUUCUAAAUAAUAAAUAAAUGUAAAUAAAAGUCCGCUUACAGCCAAUGGGAGCUCCACUAUUCCGCCCAUAAAAUCUGACAAACAUUCAGAAAGCGCCAACAAUACUCAAUUUACAUUUCGUGACUUAAAUAUUAAAGGCCUACUGAAACCCACUACUACCGACCACGCAGUCUGAUAGUUUAUAUAUCAAUGAUGAAAUCUUAACAUUGCAACACAUGCCAAUACGGCCGGGUUAACUCAUAAAGUGCAAUUUUAAAUUUCCCGCUAAACUUCCGGUUGAAAACGUCUUUGUAUGAUGACAUAUGCGAGUGACGUCACUAAUUAAACAGAAGUAUUGGUACACCUUAGAAUCCAAUACAAAAAAGCUCUGUUUUCAUCUCAAAAUUCCACAGUAUUCUGGACAUCUGUGUUGGUGAAUCUUUUGCAAUUUGUUUAAUGAACAAUGAAGACUGCAAAGAAGAAAGUUGUAGGUGGGAUCGGUGUAUUAGCGGCUGGCUGUAGCAACACAACCAGGAGGACUUUGAAUUGGAUAGCAGACGCGGUAGCCGACGCUAGCCGCCGACCGCACGGAUGAUCGGGUGAAGUCCUUCGUCCUUCCGUCAAUCGCUGGAACGCAGGUGAGCACGGUUGUUGAUGAGCAGAUGAGGGGUGUCUGGCGUAGGUGGAGCGCUAAUGUUUUUAUCAUAGCUCUGUGAGGUCCGGUUGCUAAGUUAGGCUUUAAUGGCGUCGUUAGCAACAGCAUUGUUAAUAUUCGCCAAGCUGGAAAGCAUUAACCGUGUAUUUACAUGUCCAGGGUUUAAUAGUAUUGUUGAUUUUUUGUCUAUUUUUCCAGUCAGGGGUUUAUUUCGUCUGUUCAUAUCUGCAUUUCAGCCCGAUGCUAUCACGUUAGCUCUGUAGCUAAAGUGUUUCGCCGAUGUAUUGUCGUGGAGAUAAAAGUCACUGUGAAUGUCCAUUUCGCGUUCUCGACUCUCAUUUUCAAGAGGAUAUAGUAUCCGAGGUGGUUUAAAAUACAAAUCCGUGAUCCACAAUAGAAAAAGGAGAAAGUGUGGAAUCCAAUGAACCCUUGUACCUAAGUUACGGUCAGAGCGAAAAAAGAUACAUCCUGCACUAGUCCUUCACUCUCACUUUCCUCAUCCACGAGUCUUUCAUCCUCGCUCAAAUUAAUGGGGUAAUCGUCGCUUUCUCGGUCCGAAUCUCUCUCGCUGCUGGUGGAAACAAUAGGGAAAUGUGAGCAGCACUCCAGCUUGUGACGUCACGCUACUUCCGGUAGGGGCAAGGCUUUUUUUUAUCAGCGACCAAAAGUUGCGAUCUUUAUCGUCGUUGUUCUCUACUAAAUCCUUUCAGCAAAAAUAUGGCAAUAUCGCGAAAUGAUCAAGUAUGACACAUAGAAUGGAUCUGCUAUCCCCGUUUAAAUAAAAAAAAUUCAUUUCAGUAGGCCUUUAACCAAGUAUUAGUGAUAUUAUUAUUGUAAAUGCUAAGGCAGACAAACUAUUCAGAGCGGCGUCGUGAUCACUUCCGGGUGUUUCUAUGUUUACAUCAUCGAAUCGUUUGCUGUUUCCUCGUUUCCUUGGCUCUCUGUAAGUUUAUUCUAGAUCAUAAAUCAUGAAACUCACCUGGAAAGUAGAUAGCUGAAGAUAUAAACCGACAAAUUGGGACACUUUGAUAGCCAUUUAGGACCUGGAACUGGCGAGGACGACACGAAAAGCACUUGUUCCCCCACCCCAUUUCUUCGCAAGGAUUAUGAGACUUUCUUUGUGAAUAUAUGAACAUCCCACCAGUCAGCAUCCUAAUGACGGCAGACCUUGCAUGGUAAGUUAUGUUUUAUUACGUUUGUUGGCUCUCCUAAAGUCUGCAGGGAGCAGAAAUCAGUGAUGGAAAAAAAGCAAACGUCAUGAUGCGUUUUUGUAUGCUUAAAAUGAUCAGAAUACGUAAAUAUUAAAUGUUAUUAUAAAUAUGCCCAUUACUACAUUCAUACAUACUUACAUCAUGUAUACAAAACUCUAAUGGAGGUGUUUGGAUGUUUUUUUAGUGCUCUACGAGCAGAAUUGAACAAAAAAAAAAAAUAGAAGAAAAAAAGAAUUGAACGGCUCCCAUAGGCUCCAUUGUAAGCUGACUUUUGAUCGCUUUUAUUUAAUAUUUAGAAUGCAUUAAAAAUACAUCCGUCGUCAUGUCUUUCAUAAUGAUUGUGAACGAUAGGCAAAAUUCCCCAAAAAGUGCAGUUCCCAUUUAAUGUGCCAAAGGGUGAAAAAGAAACUUUAAUUUAAACUGCUGCUGUCAAACGAUUCUUUCGAGUUAUCAGACUUUUGAGUUUUGUUUAAUCAUAGAGGCUUCCCCACUAAAUUGUAACUUUUUAUUUUUUACUAGAGGGGGCAGAAGAGGAGGUGGGACUACAUCAAUUUUAAUAACUCACUGACCUCAAAUGACGUUUCUUUUAACAACACUUACACAUCAUUUGAAAAGCACGCCUUUGUUUUUAGCAGCCCCGCCAUUCUGUCUUUAACUGUUUAUAGACCCCCCCGACACUCAAGCUCUCUUAUCAGGGAAUUUUCUGAACUUUUAGGGUUUAUCCACACCUC